GAGGACUUGAUUCUUACUAUGUAACUGAUGAGCUGGCCGGCCUGCGGAGAAUGAAUUGACCUGCUACUGCUGCUGCUAAUUAGUUAGAACCAGAACUAUAGUUCAGAUUAACAAUGUCGACGUGGAAGCAAUCCUGUCUUUACUGCUCGGAUACUGUUUCUACAGGGAGUUUAAACCGAGGGUACUACAAAAUGCAUCUGGAGAAUGUUCACGGUAUUCAACACAACUCAGAGAAAUUACUCACCUGGACUCUAGCUCAACAGAACCUAUCAGGUGGUAAAGGAGGUAAAGGAGGAGGAGGAGGGGGUGGAUCUACCCUCUCCUCUGUAGCGAGUAUACUGGGGAUGAAGGGAAUCACCAUCACGAAGGACACCAGCAGCCCCAGCAACGGAGUCCCUAAUUCCCUCAUUAAUAUCAAGGGUAUAACUGUACAGAAAGUAAGUGAUGAUAUACACAUGGGCGGAUCUCCUGUAACCGGGGCAGUCAUGGGGCGAGGUGGGCGUGGUGGUAUGAACCGCCCACCAAGCGCAAUUGCCAGGCAACAGGAGCAAGCCAUAGAAAGAUGGUCGAACGCUUGUGAGCAUGGUUGCAGGAUGUGUAGAAGAGAAGGAAAGAAUUUCACAACCUUCCAUAGAAAUACAUUGAUCAAACACUUGGAGCAAAAUCACAAAAUAGGAGGUUAGUAGAACUUUCAUAAAGGCACUUUUAU